GAGCAGUUUGGGGAAUUUUGCUAAUGAGCUCAUUGAUUACACUCAGUAAGUCGACUAAACUGAACGUUCCCAAACUGCUGUUACCUCUCAGCACUCAUGUGCCUGUGAACAUCACACUGACAGCACAGAGAGGAUGCUACAAAUGGGUGUCCUCUAAGCCUGAGACUGUCAGGGUGUAUCCGCUCUCCACACUCAGCCCUCCGGCUCUGCUGCCCCUCUCCUCUUGCAGUCAGCAGUGCUUGGUGUCAGCUCUGUCCUCCCCCCAGGCUGUCCCUCUCCGUACUGUGGUCCAGGCACAAGACCCUGUGACAGGUCACAUUCUGCGCUGUGAUGUCAUCAUUAAUCGCAUUGAAAGGAUUCAGAUUGUCACAACCGUUCGACAGCUUUUUACCGACGACCCUCCUCUGCAGUUGUCAGUCCGGGCGUUUGACUCAGAAGGAAAUACUUUUAGCUGUCUGGCUGGCUUGAAAUUUAAUUGGCGGCUGGUAAAGGAGUCUGAUGCAAUACAGGCAGUGAGGUUUGUGCGUCACCAUGAUGCAGGGUAUGCUCCCCCACCUCAUAUCCUGUCUCUAGAGAGUGCUGGUCAGUGGGGGGAGAGUGUCCUUCUUUAUGGGAUUCACAGUGGCUCAGCACUUAUAAAAGUGUAUUUUCAACACCCUGAAUUUGAGCAUGUAGAAGCAGCUAGUGUGACUUUAUUUGUGAUAGACAGACUGCACCUGAGUCCAGCUGGAGACACAUACCUGCUACAGGGAUCCACCAUCAGAUACACUCUUUGGAAAACAGAACAAGAAGGAGAGACUGAGGUCACCUUGUCGGAGGAGGGAUACAGUCUGGUUGUGGACGGAUACAAGGGCAUCAUCUCUUUUCAGCAGGAAACAGCUACUGUCACGGCCCUCGAGCCGGGUCAUGCGACACUGUCGGUUACACACAACAAUCUGCCUUCUGAAAUAACAUCCCAACUCCUGCGUACUUCUGUAUACGUGGUAAAACCCAGCUACAUGACGUUCAGUAUUAAGGAGGAAGAGGACAGAUGGGUGUUGGAGACGGGGCGGCAGUAUUAUUUGACUGUUCGUAUCCAUGACGACAAGGGCCAUGUGGUGCACCUGUCACAGAAUGUGGUGAUUGUUGUGGAGGAGACUGAGGGGUUAGUGACACUCGAGUCUUUGUCUGAUCCCACCUGCCAUCUCCUGCAGACCAUCAUGAAAGGAAAGACUUUAAUACAGGCCUCACUUUAUAGCAUUGUCUCUGAGAAUGGUAACUAUUGGCCUGUCAUUCCACCAAUCCGAGUACGACAGGAAAUGGAAAUCUACAAUCCUCUUACCCUUCAGCCCCCUGUGAUUGUGUUUCCAUGGCAACCCCACAAUAAGCUAUACCAGCACAAUAUUCAGGUGGAAGGAGGAAGUGGCUUUGUAUCUUGGGAAGUGUCUGAUAGAGAAAUUGCCACAGUUACAGUAAAAGGGGUGGUCACAGCAGGAACGGCGAGGGGCCAGGCUGAAAUUCAAGUUUCAGAUUCCAAAAACGCCCUGCACAAAGUUGUCGGGAAGGUGAUGGUUGUAAGGCCUGCCCGGUUGCAGCUGAUUCCCCAGCGAGGCGAUUGUCGCGUGGGGGACCGGAUAGAGAUUCCCAUUGCUCUCUGGGGCAUUCAGGACUCAUCAAACACUUGCUCUCAGACAAAUUAUGUCUUUAAUACACAUUCAGACACUCACAGGAGCAUCAGUGCAAGUUCUCAGGAAAACGUGUUCUCCGAUACACACAGUCUUCAAUGCGGAGAGUCUCUACUGGAGGAUAGAAAUCUUGUGUUAGUCACAGACUGCUCUCAGCUCUCUCUACACGUCCACAGUGAACCUGCCGGCAUCUUCGCACACAUGUCAGGAUCUCCGUCUCCAGGACCUGGAUUCUGUGGAGGGGUCCGUAUGGAGGCUGUUUCACAGGGUCACGCUGUUGUUACCAUCACAGUAGAAACAGAGGGAUGCAGCAUCAGCGAGACGACAACACUGGUGGCCUACAGCCCUCUCAAAUCUCUUGUGUCUGAGGUUCUUCUCUCGGUGGGCUCAUCUCGUGUGGUUAUGUUCGAGGGGGGGCCUCGGCCCUGGCCCCCGGCUCCCUUCCGUUUCUUUAGUGACGUCGAGGUACAGCCGGAGAGGGGUGUUACCGUGGAGGCAUUGAGGACGAUCGAAGCAGGGCCACCUCGACAUGCGUAUCGGGUCACAUGCACCGCCAUGGGAGAACAGUGGUUGGUCUUCAGGUGUGGUAAUACUCCAGGUCCGUUAAACGAGAUUCCCGCAGUGGAGGAGAGCAGAGUUCAGGUGGUGUGUGGCGUCCCCGCAAGUCUGUCUCUCUCUCUUCUCUCCUCCCCGUCCUCACCUUCAUCCAUCCCUGUGUUCUCCCAUCACUAUUCCUGCACACAGCCUCACUUCCCCUGUGGACUGUUGUCUGUGUCCAAAAUGAGGGAUGCAACGUUGCAGUUAUCUGUGUUGGACCGAAAGGGGGUGCAGUUUGACAAUUUCACUUCCUGUUCAGUAAACUGGACCUCUUCUGACCCUGGUCUGCUCUCAUUGUGCCCCCAGUCCACAAUGAAAGACAGACUAACCCAGACAGGCUACAAACUACACGCCUGGCAGGUUCUUCAAGCCCACAGACAGACUGGAAUAGUGACUGUCAAUGUCACUCUUAGAUGUCCAGAGAUGUUGACAGCUCCAGUGUCUCAGUGUGUGAAUCUGCGAUUGGUAGAUGACGUACAGUGGGCCAGACACUCUGUCACUUUAUUCAACCAUCCAAAAGUCACAGAAAAUCUGUCCUUGAUCCAUGGCUCAGGUCAUUUUCAAAUCCAUCUACAAGACAACCAGUUAGCCAGCAUCAACCAUGUAGAGAACGGGAAUAUAAUACAGGUGUCCCCACUUCAAUCUGGUUCUUCAGUUCUUUUGGCUCAUGACCUCUGUUUGACCUCUGAUCCUGCUGUGGCCUCUUUGCUUGUCUCUGACAUCAAAGAUUUCCGGAUUGACUUUAUUAAUACCAUUGAGGUCAGACAUUCUGCUGUAGUGCAAGUGCAUGUUUUGGACUCAAAGAAUCAACCAUUUCUUCAUCAUUACCUGUUGCUCAUGAACCUCAUGCUCAUCCCUUCUUCAUCUAUCAUUUCUGUGGAGAACGUGGGGUCAGUGGACAAGUACAGUGUGGGAUUCAGUGUGACUGGCCUGAAAGUGGGCGUGGUCAGUUUCCACCUAUCAGCAGUGGAUGGUCAUGGAUGUGUUAUAAGCUCCUCCCACAAGAAUAUGCAAGUUUAUUCUCCAUUCAUUUUGCAGCCAUGUAAACUAACUCUGGCAGUUGGAAGUGUGCGACAGGUGAAAUGGGAAGGUGGGCCUCAGCCUCAGUACGCCGUCAAGUUCUCAGUGAGUGACAGCUCUAUCGCCGUAGUAACUGAGACAGGAUUGGUCAGAGGCUUGACAGUGGGUGUGGUCAAACUCAGAGGAGCUCUUCAGACACAAAAUACAGAAGCAUUUCUUACCUUUUUACAGGAUGAAGUGGAGGUGGAGGUGUUUAACCUGACAGCAGUGAGGAUACAGGCUCCUUUAGUGACUCUAUCCAUAGGAACAGAGAUGCCAGUUUAUGUGAUGGGGAGUGACAGCAGUCAGAACCCUCUAUCUCUGGGUAGUGUCGAGGUUGGCCUCAGUUUCCACUGGAGUCUAAGCAAAGCGGGUGUCCUGGAGAUCAAACCAAGACAUGCACGGGUGGGUGUUAGUGUGUCUCCCUCUCACAGUUUCUCUGUGCUGGUGAGGGCCAGAGCUCCAGGCAGGACCAGUCUGAAAGUGCGUGUGCGGCUCCAACAGAUAGACACCAGCAACACGUCACUCUCUGAUCAUCUCACUGACGAGAUACAGAUACUGGUGUUUGAAGAGAUGCAGUUAACAGCAGGAAGCUCAGGAUCCAUCCUCAUGUCCCCUCUCUCUCAGUACCCCCUGCAGAGCAAUAAAGACUCAGUCCAUUACACCCUUAGCCGGUGUGUCUCAGGCAAAGGGCUUGUUACUCUUGAUGAUCAAGGGGUGUUGAGGACAGGGCCUGAUACAGGCCUUGCUAUUUUGGAGGUUUAUGCCAUGGAUGUUUGUGGUAUCAACCAAACACUGCUGAUCAGUGUGGAGGUGUCAACGGUUUGGUUUGUACGUACUUUGAGUGUGUCAUCCGUGAACAGUGACAGUGAGAAAGCACUUCCUGCCUUCCCUCUGGGCUGGAGUGUCCGUUUCAGGACUCUAUACUAUGAUAACAUGGGACAACAGUUUCACUCUCAUAAUGUACAAACAAUGAUCACAGCUAACAGAGAUGACCUCGUACAACUGAUAGUUGACAAAGACAGUCAGUCAUUUCUAGUGCAAACGGCAUCACCCGGUCUAACUGUUUUGAGGGUGCAAGGAGACACUACAAACCCAUUUCUCAGCGAUUACACCCCUCUGUUUGUGAUGCCUGCCAUCUCAGAGCCCCCAGGAUUCCUGCGCUCUGGGGAUGUCAUCUGCUUCAGCUCUCCCAUCACAGACCAGCAGGGUCAGCGAGGCAGAUGGGAUGUGUCAUCAAACAAAAUCCUUCAAAUUAACUCUGAGACUGGAGUAGCAUUUGCCAAGAAUUUUGGGACGGUGGUGGUUUACUACAAGCUAGAAGGGGGACAGCAAACCUUCAGAGAGGUAACAGUGGAGCCUGCGUCUAUUCCUGUACUCAUUCUCCCUGCUGAUAGGCUUCUCACUAACUGGCCUGAAGCUUCAGAAUACACCGUCAGAGUGGAUCUGAACACCUCUGCUGUCAGCACAGCUCAAUGCAAUCUAGACCAGUGGGAAGCCAUAGAGAAUGAACUACAUCCUGAGGCAGAGCUACUGUGUUCUCUAAACUUUGGUGCCCCCUAUCCAGAGAUGAGAGUACUGCAGGCUAUCUUUCAUGCAUCACCAUUCUACGAUGCAAACACUGCUCAGUACAGUUGCAGGAUCUCUGUGCAGCCCCAGUCAGACUCUAUCCUCCAUCUCCUGUCCACUCUGCCUCUCUCCAUCCAUCUGUCUGCCUGUCUGCGGACUCAAUCAACCCCAGCUGCCCUGUCGCUUCCUCAGUCACCCCCUUCUUUUCAGUCUUCCCUUCAGCUCCCGUAUGUGCCAGCGUUCCAUUGUCCUGUCACCAAGAUCAAACUUUCCUCUCAGCAGCCUGUGGCUGAAAUCACAGUGUUUGGCACCACGAACAUGCUCAGCACACUGAGGGUUCAAUCAGACACCCCAGACAUUGUGUUAUCUGAUCCAGUACGGUCAGAUGAAGAUCCCACACUCAUCCUUAUUUCAGUCUAUUCAACCUCACAUUUCCUGGAUCAGGUACCGUCCGCUGCAAGCAUUACCCUGUACACAGACCUCUCUCCACAAAAACACGUUGUGAUGGUAACUAGAGUGAUGGACAACCCGGAGUCAGGUCAUCUCGGAGUUUAUUCAAAUUCUGGCCACUUCUUCAUUUCAAUAUUUGCUCUGUUUGCUGUACUGGCCUCCACUGCUGCACUUUUCAUAGUGUACAACAGCAUGCUGUCACUGACACGGACUGUACCUGCAGUCCUCACACCUUCUGCUAAUACAGACGAAGACAAACAACAUUUCUAUCUGUGGCUCACACCAUCAAUGCCAAAACCACAAGUCCUGCAGAGAAAACAGUGGCUCUGGAGUACUAAAUAA